CGGGAAGGUGGGCAGGAAAGAUAACAGCAUGUGGGUAGGGCCAGGGACUGACAUUCUCUGUUCUCCUCAGUAAUUUGCUUGCACUGCUUCUGUGAGUCAGCUCAAGAUUCCAGGAUGUACGACAAAAUAACAAUCGCACUGCUGUUGGCAGCUUAUAUUUUAACAUCAGCAUCCAUCCUUGCAGCUGCACCUACGAAUAGUUCAUUACCAUCAACUGAAGAUUUCAGUCAGCCUACUCUUUCAACUGAAGAAGCUGCCGUGACUCCAGUUUUAGGAGCAAGACAGCAAAUUGCCCACAUGUUCUCGGAACCAGUGAUGAUAGCUAUUAUCUUGGGGGCGAUAGCUGUUAUUGUUGGAGUCAUCCUCUCCUUUGCAGUCUGUAUCCGGCUACUGACAAGGAAAUCUCCAAUUAGCAAGCCACCUCCCUUGGAAGACACAGGCGAACCUUUAAAUUCUGUUGAAGUAGUACAUACAGAAGAGUGAUCAAUGAGAAUGUGCUCACCAAGCAGAAUUGUGGAGAAAUUCAACCAAGACACAAGACUUCAGCCAAUCAAAAAAUGAAUCUGGGAAUUGGGCACUUCAGUAAAUUUUGUAACUGCCUAAAUUGUACCUCUUCAGGAAGCAAAAGUUCAUUACAGUGAGUUCCAAAGACUCAACCAUGGAAAAAUAUCUCUGCUCACGAAUGUGUCAAGAUAAAGAACACGUAUUUCCUCACAUGCUUUUGUAUUAGCAUAAUUUUAUAAUUAGUUGAGUAGAAAUUUUGACUCAAAAUUUCAGUUGAGUUGAUCUAUCUUAUUUUAUUUUAUUCUAUUGUAUUUUAAUAGUGGUGCUGUAAAAUGUAAGGCUUGUGACACCUCCAUGCAAUCUAAGUUAUCUUCUCAUUCUAUAUUUUUAAGUUCUCCACAAUAUUAAAUAAGUUAAAGGAAUAUUUAUUAAAAGGAUUUAUUUUCCUCAUUGCUCAAGAGGCACAAUAUUGUAUUACACUAGAGAUGCUGACAUUUUGUUGCCACUGAUUAAACUUGUGCUUGAAAAUGCCAUAAAUGUAAAUUAUAUAUAAUGGCACCUACAUUCACUAGUGCAUAAAUCAACGCAAAAAGGUUUUGCCAUUAAAAAGAUGAGACAUUGACUAUACAAUUAGCCCAGGUAAAAUAAUUUGUCUGGCAGUGUUGCCCUAACUCCUUCAAGGCACUGACUAAGCCACUGUGUUCCCCUGAAAGAGUUAUCAACAUACAUGGUCAGAGUAUCUUGCAAAAGAAAGAGGAUUAACGACUUUCAAAAGAACUUUAACAACUCUAAACAGACCAAGAUGUACAGACUUUACAUGCAGGAGAAUUCUUUAGUAAGUCAUUCUGUGUUUUUACUUAAAUUUUUUAAUGCUUCUAGGUCCACUCUACAUUCUCUUGCCAAUAGAGCUUUAGAAGCUUUUGAAUGAUUCAAAUGAUGUUUCUAGACAUUAACUCCUUACAACUGUUACUCAUUUGUAAAGGUACUUAAUAUAAAUAUAUUUACCUUUCAAAGAAAAAAAUCCUGUGAUAUCAUUAAUAAUAAUAAUCCAUAUGGUUUCCCAUUGUUGUGUGAUAAUUAAAUAAUUAUAUGUACAUGUUUGGGUCUAGAAAUAAAUUUAACUCCAAAAAGUUUAAAAAAUCUAAAUCUUACCAUACUUGUAUGUUCAGGGAAACAUUUUAUACUAAAUUUCUUAUUUAAUGUAAAGAAUCAAAAUGAGAAGAGAACAUUUCUGUUAGGAUAUGUUUUUUUAAAGUAGCUUCAAAAUAAAUUAUUAGAUUACUAAAAGUGAUCCAAGUGUGAAGGUAAUUUUAAUUGUACUUUUUAAUAAACAUAAAAUGUUCUGCUAAAGACCAUAGACUAAUCUUGUCUCUGUAGUAAUUCACAAGUUGAAAACAACAAGAGAUUAGUGGAGUAUUCACUGUCAAACAGAGCUACAGAAUGUCUACAGUAAUUAAAUUACACAUUGUUUAAACUUCUUUGAACUUUUCCUUAUACUUUCUCUGUAUUUCUCUCUGCAACUUUCUCCAUUUAAAUUUGGUAUUUGUGGGGUGAAAUGACUUUUACUUUCUUUGUAUUUUUUAAAUAAUUAAAUAAAAAAAAUCUAAUAAAGAAAUCUGUCCUGUGAAUGCAAAAUAGCCCUAUGGAUAAUUCAGGUUAAAUUUCUUAAGAUUGGGUACUAGGAUGGGAAAAGGUGGUGAUUUGGUUACAAUUUUUGUUCCUUAUUGCUGGGACUCAGCCAAGGUCUAGAUGACAGAAAAAUGCAUAGGAAUGAUUGAGGGACACUGUGGAGAAACAAUAUGAAGAGACCAGAAACAGUGAACUGAGCGGGGGCGUCUCAAUGAUGAUAAUCUAUGGUGAAAGAGCACAUUAUGGUAUAUUCUAAGCCUUUUUCCCAUCAAUUGUAGCACAUAUCUCCAAUGAAACUCCUAAAAGCCAAGAAUCAUUCAAAUAAAAAUAAACAACA